AACCACAUGGAGAAAAAGUGAUAGAGAAAUCUACUGGCGAAUUGGCAGUCGUGUUUAAAAUAAAAAUAUUAAUAGUUGUAGUGAGAAUGUCACUAAAGGUUGAGCGAGACAAACUGAGUGCGGAAACCAAAACACACAGUCGCCGGUAACUUUUGGAAUUAGAUAGAUUUGGAUAGUUCGACAUGAGUCUGAAAAUUGAAGCAGAAGCGAAACUUAGCUCAGAUCCGUGUGUAUUAGCAUUAGACGGAAACUUGUUUAUUGGAACUGAAGAUGGUUAUAUCCAUUCUUUCGACGACAAACUGAGUCCCGUUUCAUCCUGGCCAGCACACGCAGUCCAACCGUUCGCCCUAGCGGCGGGCGACGGCACCGUCUACUCCAGCUCGAACGAUGGCAGCAUCAGAGUAUGGUCUGCGAAAGGAGACAAGGUUACCGAGAUAUCAGUGCCGGGCGCUGAUGUUAGCGUGCUACAUGUCUCUGGUAAAGAGUUGUACACGGGCGACGAAGCAGGGACUGUAAAAGUGUACGAGAAUAAUACUGAAAAGGCAAUGUACAACGUGUUAGAGGAAGUAAAAGACCUCGGGUUAAGCGCGCCAUUUCUGUUCACCGUUCGAGACCUGGAUGUGACGAUUACUGAAAUAAAGCCUGAUGAAUCCAGAACUCGAUUUGUUACGCGGCAUACUAUGGAGGGCCGUGCUCCGCUGAGAGUAGCGGGGCCACAUCUUCUCUGCAUGGCAAGAGGCGGAAACAAUCUUGCUCUACAUGACUCGUCUGUAGCUACCGUUUUUAAGAAGAAGCAUGAAGUUAAGGAGCACGUCGCACAUGUCACUCUGAACAAAGGUUCGUACAGCAUGAACCGCUGCCUCGCAGCCUCCGCGAGUGCCAAAACCGACCUGAACGGGUUCAAAAAGUUUUUGAAAUUUAGAACGCGUCAGCCGAACGCAGACUUUGGCAGCUAA